AUGAUUCGCGACUCUGAGGCGCACGCGGAGUCAGACCGCCUGAAGCGCGAGUUGGUGGAGGUGCGCAACAACGCCGAGACGCAGGCAAACACGGCAGAGCGCCAGCUGACAGAGUGGAAGUACGUGAGCGAUGCGGAGAAGGAGAACGUGCGCACGCUGCUUGCGGAGCUCCGCAAGGCCAUGGAGAAUCCCAACGUGACGAAGGACGAGCUCUCGGCGGAAACCGACAAGCUGCAGAAGGCGGUUAUGGAGUGCGGCCGCACUGAAUAUCAGCAGGCUGCGGCGGCCAACAGCAGCAGCUCCAGCAGCGGCUCCAGCAGCAACACAGACAGCAAUCAGGGCGACCAGCAGCAACAGCAACAACAGGGCGAUCAGCAGAAGAAGUAA